UAUCAAACUUUCCUGACCCUUUUUUUCUUCUUUUCCUUUUUUUCGAAAGAUCUUUUUUUUUUUCCCUGCGAUAUGGGCAUGUUACGGUUCAAGCAAGCCAUUGUCAAGUCCAUUUCACCGUAUCUAUCAUGUCCAGAGUCUCAAUUACUACCAUUACUACGGAUUCCAAAACAUCAAAAGGAAGGUCAAUUUUCUUUGUCUAUUCCUCAACUGUUGACAGCUACGAAGGGCGAUCUCAACAUAAAACAACCUGCCAUAUGGUGUCAAGAUAUAGCCAGUAAAAUUCAAGCCAAUACAGAGCUUGCCAACGUUCAAGCUAUGGGACCCAAACUCUGCUUUCACCUACAACCAGGAGCAUUCACUCAAUCAGUUUUACAACAAGUAUUUGAAGAAAAGGAACAAUAUGGUUGGGCUCAUCAAACCAGCAAGAAUAAAACCGUACUUAUUGAUUAUAGCUCACCUAAUAUCGCCAAACCUUUCCAUGCUGGACACUUACGAAGUACUAUUCUUGGCAACUUUAUUAAACGUAUCCAUACUGUCAUGGGUUAUCGUGUCAUUGGGAUCAAUUAUUUAGGUGACUGGGGCAAACAAUAUGGAUUACUGGCGGUAGGAUUUGAAAAGUAUGGUGUACAACAAUUGUUAGAGUCUGAUCCUAUUCAUCAUCUUUAUCAAGUCUAUGUGAAAAUCAAUCAAGAGGCAGAAAUGAACCCAUCCAUUCAUCAACAAGCCAACAACUACUUUAAAGAAAUGGAACAAGGGAAUAAGGAAGCUUUAAGUCAAUGGCAACGAUUUAGGGAUCUUAGUAUUGCAUCGUAUGAAAAGAUUUAUGACCGAUUAGGUAUUGAAUUUGAAGAUUAUUCUGGUGAAUCACAAGUGAACGAUUAUAUUCCCAAAGUGUAUGAAUUACUACGAUCUAAAAACAAGGUGAUAGAAAUGGAUGAUGGUGGUUUGGCAGUGGAUUUGAGCAAGGAAGGACUAGAACCGGCCAUGAUUCAACGAGCAGAUGGUACAUCUUUGUAUCUGACAAGGGAUUUGGCAAGUAUACUGAUGCGGCAGGAAAAAUACAGUUCUGACAAAGCGAUCUAUGUGGUGGGUACAGAACAACAACAAUACUUUAAACAAUUAUUUGCAUGUGCAUCAUUGAUGACUGGAUCACUUGGAUUUUUACAUGCAUCAUUUGGCAGGAUCAAUGGCAUGUCGACAAGACAAGGGACCGCGGUAUUUCUGCAGGAUAUUCUGGAUACAGCUCAAUCUACCAUUUUGGAUUAUAUGCAACAUAAGGAUAUGGAUCAAAAUAACAACAACGAGGUGGCUGAUCAAUUGGGCAUCAGUGCUAUCUUGAUUCAAGAUAUGAAAUCAAAACGCAACAAGAAUUAUACUUUUGCAUGGGAUCGAAUGACAGAUGCUCGUGGUGAUACAGGUGUCUUUUUACAAUAUGCUCAUGCACGCGCUUGUGGGAUUGAACGACAUACAAACAUUCAAGUGACAGAUCAAUUUGAUGCUUCAUUAUUGAAAGAACAAGAAGCUUUUGAAUUGAUACAGACAAUCUCUUAUUUUCCCGAGGUGGUACAAACUAGUUUUGAUACUUUGGAACCAUGUACUAUUGUCAACUAUUUAUUCAAACUCUCGCAUGCAACCAGUUUGGCAAGUCAUACGUUACGUGUCAAGGGCUCCGAACCUGCUUUAGCCGAGGCUAGAAUGGCCUUGUUUUGGGCGGCAAGAAUCACAUUGUACAACGGCAUGACUUUAUUGGGGAUCCGGCCUUUGGAAAAAAUGUAGUUAGAUUUUUUAGUAUAGAUGAUAAUAAAAAUUAUGGAAUACAAAAUAGUUCUAUCCCUUUCUUAAAAAAAAAAAAAC